AUGAGUUCAAAACAGAACCUGAAUAAAAACUCCAAAAAAAGCCCUGGAACUAAUGAAGCCAACAACCAUAAAAUCAAAAUUGAAGCGCAUUUAGAUGGAAAUCUUGAAUCUCCAGAUCAGAAAUCCGUUGAAUACUCAGUCCUGUUUGUUGAUCCUCAUCCAAAUUUUAAUGACGAGUUAGACCUUUCCACCGCAGAUCCUGCUCAUUCCGACAAAGUCCAUGAAGACCUUCCUGAAGAAGUAUUUAAAGUAAAAAACCUUGACACUGGUGAAGAAGUUGACAUAAGAGAUGGGUAAUAAUAAAAUUGUGUUAUCAGAAUAAGUUAUAGAGCAAUUUAUUAUAUUACCAGUCAACCAAUCCAACUAUACUAGGCUACAACUCUGAGGAGGAUAAGCCCCUGGAACCUUGGGUAAUAAGUUUUCCAGACUUCUCUUUGACAGAGAGAGACUUAAGUGAAAUACACAAAGGAGACAAGGUCAAUCCUUCCUGCAAGGCUAUAGGCGUUUGGUAAGUAAAGUCUUGCUAAAACCUUCAAACGGCUGUUUGUCACAAUUCACACAAUAAAGGAAGAAAUUAAAAGUCUGCGGGUAGUGAAACAUAAUAAAUCCUAUUUAAGAUAAGUUAAAACAUAAGAGAUGAAAAUAGGGACUCUUUCACAGCUAAAUUCGCCAAACUGCUAGUAGUCGAAGAUUUUGAAGAAAUUGAAGACAUUUACAAACGGAAACGAAAAAUAAAUUCCUCUCUGUGGGAAGCAGUUCAGAGAAAUGACAUCAACAGAAUCAAAGAGCUUUUGGAUAGAGACACCUUUGGAGAUUUAAUUGCUCAAACCAAUACCAAAGGCCUUGACGACUGAACUGCUCUUCAUUUGGCAGCCUCAGAUGGCUUUCGAGAUGCCUGCGAAAUUUUGAUUCAAAAUGGGGAAAGCACAGAUAUUGAUGCAAAAACCUCAAUGUUGAGGACUCCUUUACAUUUAGCUUGCAUCCACGGACACUUGCCAGUUGUCAAACUUUUAGUGAGCCAAGGGGCUGAUAUUAAUGCUAUUGACAUUGAAAGAAGCACUCCGCUUUAUUACGCGUCUUUACAAGGGCAUCUUACUAUAGUAAAAUAUUUGUUGAGAAAAGAGCCUGAUAUUGGCAUAAAAAACCAUUUAGGAAUUACAGCUUGGGCUGUUGCAUUGAAUAUGCAAGUCUUCAAUGCAUUUACUGAGCAUUGUCAAAAGGAAAAACUUGUAAUGCCCGAGUCGUUAUAUGCCCGCACACCAUUUCAUACGGUUAUGCUGCAUAACUCAAGGACUGACUCAAUAAACAAAAUUUUAAUGAAAUGCAAACAUAUGCCAAGUGCUAAGGAUUUGCAGGCUUUUAAAGAGAGGCCAGCUCUCAGUAAAAAGAAAGCUGAAAUGCUGGGGCAGCUCAAAGAUGUGCUGCCUCCUUGUAAAGUAGGUCCGAAAGAUUUUAAAGGAAUUCUCCAGCUUGGGAGAGGAAGCUUUGGAGAAGUUUAUUUGGUUGAAAAAAUUGAUAGUGGUGAACAAUUUGCGCUGAAGGUGUUAAGGAAAGACAAGGUCUUUGAAAAUAACUUGGUGAGAUACGCUUUUACGGAAAGAAAUAUUUUGAUGAAAAUAUCGCAUCCAUAUAUUGUUAAAUUGAAUUAUGCCUUUGGGUUAAGUUGAUUUAUCUGAGGAAAAAAACAUUUUAUAGGAAAAAUUAUAAUUAUUUUUGAUAUUUUUUUAUAAAAAUUAAAAAUUUAGCUGCUUUUUAUAAAUAAUCCUUGUAUUAUAAUGAUAUGCCUUUCAAACUCCAGAAAAACUUGUUUUGGUCAUGGACUUUUGCCCAAAUGGCGACUUAGGGACACACUUAGCCAGAGAAAAGAAAUUUGACGAGCACAAAGCCAGAUUUUACAUUUCCGAGGUCCUACUAGCUCUACAAGAGCUUCAUAUGCAUGAUAUUAUUUUUAGAGACCUAAAGCCUGAAAACGUCGUUUUAGACAAAGACGGGCAUGCCAGAUUAACUGACUUCGGGCUUUCAAAAGAAGGUGUGCACGAAGGAGAGCUCAAUAAAUCCUUUUGUGGCUCAGUCGCAUACUUAGCCCCAGAAAUGCUGAGACGAGCAGGCCACACAAGGUCAGUUGAUUGGUAUUUAUUAGGAGUUUUACUAUAUGAAAUGAUCGUGGGGACGCCUCCAUAUUACUCAAAUAACCGUGAACAACUGUUCAAUAAUAUCCAAAGAGGAGUCUUAAAAAUCCCCAAAAGCUUAUCAGAAGAAGCAAAAGACUUAAUAAAAAGGCUUAUAAUUAGAGACCCAAAUAAAAGAUUGGGCGCUGGCAAACGAGAUGCUGAAGAAAUUAAAGAACACCCGUUUUUUCAAGAAAUAGAUUGAGGAGGAUUAAUGGUAAGAGCAGUCCCAGCUCCUCCUGUAAAGCCAAUAAGAAGAAUCCCUAAAGAGCAAUCUUUAGAAAAAAUGUUUGGGAGGCUAGACCAAGAUGAGCCUGCUCCAAGACUAGAUCAAUGGUCUAUUUUAAAGCCAAGCUAA